AUGGCACCAACUCCCGAGUCUGCCGCAUUCCUUGCGAAGAAACCAACUGUUCCUCCUACCUUCGAUGGAGUCGACUAUGAUGAUACACCACGAUUAAAGCAAGCACAAGAUGCAAUCAUCCGAGAACAAUGGGUGAAGAGCAUGAUGGCAAGAUUGGUCCGAGAAGAAUUGGGAAAGUGCUAUUACAAGGAGGGCGUCAAUCAUUUGGAGAAGUGCGGAGCUCUACGAGCAACAAAACUACAUUCCAAAGUCAUAGAAGGUAUAGAGGCGAGAAGGCACCAAGUCGAGGAGUUUAGGGAUCGGGUGCGGCUUGUGGGAAGUCUGCUGGAAAGACUCUCCAACACACUUCAGCACAUCAACUCCAACUCCACAAUGAUUUGCUCACGGUGCCUACGACGAGCAUCUGCUCUUCGAAACAUUCCAUCAAUCGCCCGCUCAUUCUCCUCCUCCAAUACCUCCCUUUCUCCAGCAACCGCGUCUCCUCGAACCUCAGGAUCGCCAGCAGCAACCUCGACAGGAAUCGCGCAACCCUUCUCAACUCCUCUGAGCCCAGCCCCAAACGAUGUCUCUCUCGGCGUUGGACUACGACCGAAAUCGAAAACUCCUCUACCAGUUUCCAGCUGCCCAGCAGGAACACCCAUGAAGGGAAUAAAUUACCUAAAGGCAAAAGAUGAUCCUGUUGCUUUGCCGGAAGAGGAAUACCCAGAAUGGUUAUGGAGGUGCUUAGAUGCAAAGAAGAACGAAGGCGACGAAGACGGAGUUGUUGGAGAUGAGUUCUCCAAAUCGAAGAAACUACGUCGAAAAGCAGCGAAGCGUCAACGAAAAUUAGAAGCAGCUCGUCUUGCAUCAGGAGAUUUGAGUGCAUUGGAACCAAAGAUUCCUCUUACACAACAAUCAAUUGAUCUACCGUCCAACGAGGAGGGAACUAUUAGAGGGGCACUGCAGGCUGGGGAUAGGAGAGAAGAACUAAGAGAGGCUAUGAGGAGGGAGAGAAGGUCGAAGAUUAAAGAGAGCAAUUUCUUGAAGGGCAUGUAG